GGACCAGAGGCUGGUACAGGUUAAUGCUGGAAAUGACGGCGAUAGUGGACCCUCGCCACAUCUCUGAAGACUGCAAAGUGGCCCAUCCUCAGGAUCCUCACCACUCCUCGGAGAAGCCUGUCAUUCACUGCCAUAAAUGCGGGGAGCCAUGCAAGGGCGAAGUGCUUCGGGUCCAGACCAAGCAUUUCCAUAUCAAAUGUUUCACCUGCAAAGUGUGCGGCUGCGACCUGGCCCAGGGAGGCUUCUUCAUAAAGAACGGGGACUAUCUGUGUACCCUGGACUACCAGAGGAUGUACGGGACGAGGUGCCACGGCUGUGGGGAGUUUGUAGAAGGCGAGGUGGUAACUGCCCUGGGCAAGACCUACCACCCCAACUGCUUCGCCUGCACGAUCUGCAAGCGCCCGUUUCCACCCGGAGACCGAGUCACAUUCAAUGGGAGAGACUGCCUUUGUCAGCUCUGUGCACAGCCGAUAUCUUCCAGCCCUAAAGAAGCCACCUGCUCCAGCAACUGUGCCGGCUGUGGAAGGGACAUUAAGAACGGGCAGGCACUGCUAGCUCUGGACAAGCAGUGGCAUUUGGGCUGCUUCAAGUGCAAGUCCUGCGGGAAGGUCCUCACUGGAGAGUACAUCAGCAAGGAUGACUUCCCAUACUGUGAGAAAGACUACCAGGGGCUCUUUGGGGUGAAGUGUGAAGCCUGUCACCAGUUUAUCACAGGAAAAGUCCUAGAGGCAGGUGACAGGCACUACCAUCCCAGCUGCGCACGAUGCAGCAGAUGCAACCAGAUGUUCACAGAAGGGGAAGAAAUGUAUCUGCAAGGUUCUACCGUGUGGCAUCCCGACUGUAAGCAGUCCACCAAGACAGAGGAGAAGCUGCGGCCCACAAGGACCUCCUCUGAAAGUAUCUAUUCUAGACCAGGUUCCAGCAUCCCUGGCUCACCAGGCCAUACCAUCUAUGCAAAAGUAGACAAUGAAAUCCUGGAUUACAAGGACUUAGCAGCUAUCCCCAAGGUCAAGGCGAUCUAUGACAUCGAGCGUCCAGAUCUCAUUACCUACGAGCCUUUCUACACAUCAGGCUAUGAAGACAAGCAGGAGAGACAGAGCCUUGGAGAGUCCCCAAGGACUUUGUCUCCAACUCCAUCUGCAGAAGGUUAUCAAGAUGUCCGGGAUCGGAUGAUCCACAGGUCCACCAGCCAGGGCUCCAUCAACUCCCCUGUGUACAGCCGGCACAGUUACACUCCAACUACAUCACGCUCGCCCCAGCACUUCCACCGACCUGAGCUCUUGUCUCCUGGUGUGCACAGGUGGUCCCCCCUGCGCCCCAGCAGCUUCAGCUCCACCCACAGCGACUCCCGUCCCAACCCCCCCUUCCGACACCACUUCCUCCCCCAUGUCAAAGGCAUUGAGCCGUCCAGCGGCCGGAACUCCCCUCUCCCUUACCGGCCCGACAGCCGCCCUCUAACUCCAACUUACGCUCAGGCCCCUAAACAUUUCCAUGUUCCAGAUCAAGGGAUCAACAUUUACCGAAAACCACCCAUCUACAAACAGCAUGCUGCCUCGGCAGCCCAGAGCAAGGCCUCAGAAGAUAUCAUCAAGUUUUCCAAGUUCCCAGCAGCGCAGGCACCAGAUCCCAACGAGAUACCAAAGAUUGAGACGGACCACUGGCCGGGUCCCCCCUCACUUGCCGCCGUAGGAACUGACUCGAGACGCAGAUCUGGUGGCAAAGAGGAAGAUGAGGAGGAGCUUCUGAGACGCCGGCAGCUUCAAGAGGAACAGUUGAUGAAGCUCAACUCAGGCCUGGGGCAGCUGAUCCUGAAGGAGGAGAUGGAGAAGGAGAGCAGAGAGAGAGCGUCCCUACUGGCCAGUCGCUAUGACUCUCCCCUCCACUCGGCUUCACAUGCUCCGUCAUCCAAAACUGCAUCUCUCCCUGGUUACGGAAAGAAUGGCCUUCACCGGCCAGUUUCCACAGACUUCGCUCAGUACAACAGCUACGGAGACAUCAGUGGCGGAGUUCGAGACUACCAGACCCUCCCAGAUGGCCACAUGCCUGCAGUGAGAAUGGAUCGAGGAGUGUCCAUGCCCAACAUGUUGGAACCAAAGAUAUUUCCAUAUGAGAUGCUCAUGGUGACCAACAGAGGGCGCAACAAAAUCCUGAGAGAUGUGGAUAGAACCCGGCUGGAGCGCCACUUAGCCCCAGAAGUAUUUUGGGAAAUCUUUGGGAUGUCCAUACAGGAAUUUGACAAGUUACCUCUUUGGAGACGCAACGACAUGAAGAAAAAAGCUAAACUCUUCUAAGUCCCUCAAGUAAACGACAAUCAGGAAAAGGACUCUCAGUGGCAGCAGUGCCUAGAACAUUGUACUAAGGCCCAGAAUUGAUCAGAGAAUUCAUUCACCACCGUCUCCCAGCAGCAACACCGAGGGCAAAUCUGAUCUUAGCACCUGUGAGCCACAUCCUGGGCCAAGCAACAGUAACCCUUGCCAAGGAACGACGGGGUAGAAUUUCUAUGUUUCCAAAUUCAGCAGUAACAUCCACAUGUGACCUUUUCAUGUGACUCUGUGGGGCUUCUUUCUCCUUUUUACCCAUGUCCCUUUAACCCAUGUCUAAGUUAGCGCUGCCCGUGUUGGUAAGAGUCAGCAAGUGCCCUUAGGAAGCCACAGGGAAGGGGAUUCUGAGAGUCCUGAAGUAUGACUCUAUUUAUUAUGUAGCACUGUGGCUGAGAAAAAAAUCCAGGGGAUCUGGUAGCAGCAUCUUUGUCUGUCUUUGGCAGCCUCCCUCAGCUCUGCCCGGGCUCUGAGGGAAAUGGAACUCUGUCAGAGAACAGGUAGUUCUAAGCGCGUGGCUGGGUACCAGCAAAAAUGAUUUAAGUGAGCUCCUGUUCUCUUCCUGUGUGCUGAGACCUGGCUGGCCAACCGCCAGAGGGGGAAAAAAUUAAGACAAAGGAAAAAGGAAUGAAGGAACCCUCCCUCCCUGAAAACUUUUUCUGCUUCUGAGGCCGUGCUCAGCCCUUUCCCCCCUAUAAAUUGAUAGGAACUGGCAUGUCCACCUUUCCAAAGAAAGAAAAGGCAAAAAGAGUUUCCAGAUUGAUCCAGCUGCUGAUAGAUGAUUUUUGGCCAUGAAUCAAGUAUAUCUUAGAAAAGAAAACUCUGUGCCCUGCCACAUCACAAGAUCUCCUCAGUGUCUGUCGUCUCUCUGGCAUCCGAUGGGUCAGGUCAAGCCCAUGCUGCUUUUGUGUUUUAAGGGCAGAGACUAUGGGAAGGCAUGUUUUUCUGAAGUAGAUUGCUUUCACUCAGCCUGAUUGACAAGCACACGUCUGUUCGUGUCUGCAUGUAACUCACCCAGGGCAGAUCUGUAAGUCUGUAUGUGUUUUGUAAUCUCUGCUGACCAUACUGUGUUGUGGCUUGGAAGGUCACUGGCACAAGAGCAUGUGAUGCAGAGAUGAAGAAUGCGGCUCAGGGAGGGUGCUUAGAGACCAGCCUAUUCUCUGAGCUGUAGAGACUCAUGCUGGGUUCAGGCCGGGCUAGUUUAGGGCUCAGAACAUCUCACCAGAGCCCUUCCAUACUCUGAGAAUCUGAGUGUGAAUUGGAAUGCAGUUCUUUCACUAAAAUGUGUGAAUACGGACACAUCUGUGAGUUGGAUUAGGGUCUCCAGAGCUGCAGGAAAGAUGUUAGAUCACACUGAGUCUCCUGCUGUGGGGCUCUCCUUGGGGAGUUAAGCUCUGGGUUAAAGCCAAGAAGGAAAACACUUGAAUCCACCCACAAUGACCACUCUGCACGAAAUGCUUUAACCCUUCUAAAGGGUUAAAGCAACUAGCCGUCUGCCACACUUGCAGUAAAGAUGGAACAACACAGAUUCCCAGCCCAUGAUGCGAGCCUGUGGCUUGUGACAUGCUUCUUUGGGUUACCCUGCUGCAUUCUUGUAAAAGAGUUAAGUAUGAGAACUAGUCUCACAAGUGUGUGUGUAUCUUAGUACACUCAGCAAGGGAGCUGGGCCGCUGGCCUAGGUAGCUGGAUCCCACACCUCUUGGGGUUCCCUGCAUGUCUCCAGCUUCUCCCUGUGUUCUCAUUGUUUAGCUCCAGAUGCCCUGCUCAUCACUGGCUGCCUCAGCACCAGUCCUAUAUCACGUGGUUCUCACGUUACCCCCACAGCCUACAGGAUAUAGGAUGCAUUUACAGUGUUCCCAGUCAGCAGACGUGGUGGCCUGGUGGGAGACGUUAUUUCUCCAGUAUGGGGAUGAUGCUUUUUACUAGCUAAUGCUACAGUAAUACAAUGCUCUCACCGUGAUGCAGAUGAGAAAAACCAAGGUAUUCAGGAAACAGGAGCGGUUGCUAAGGUUCUGUACCUGCUCUCCAUACGGUUAUGGUGGCUCUGUCCUGACCUAGGAAAGUUCAGCUGCAGGGGAAAAGGAGGAAGGCAGUCUUCCUCUUUAAGUUACAGACAGCCUUAAGUUAAAGGACCUGCCUUAGGAUUGCAAUAAUUGAGGAAUUGAACUCUUAAAUUCUUGCAAUAAUGAAACCCUGCCUCCUUGACUAUUUUGAACUCAGUUCUCCAUCUAAAUUGGAAAAAAAAAUGCAGUCGAUACCGGCAUAAUAGUCUGUUUAAAUUGUAUCAAGUAAAAACUGUAUCACUAGAUAACGAAAGUAAGAAUCCUGGCUGCUCUGGGGAAGAAAGCCGGAAAGUAUCGCCUCAGGAGUGUGUAGCUCCAUUCCCUUCCAGAAGAUCCCAGCCAGGAGGAUGUGUUGAGGAUGAUCAGGUUCUAACUGCCAGGCACAGUGUCUGUGAUGCUAAUGGCUCGUGACCGACCACAGUGUGGGAGAGCAGUGUUCUUCACUCGACCCCACCUUGCUGGGCAGAGGAAAAUUUCAAUACUUAAAAAAUUCAAAGCACUCAUUCCCUUGGGGGGAGGAUCCUACACAGGGCGGACUUGGUGCGUAUAUUAAGGGCUAUAUUUUAGAAAAAUUUUGACUUGCGACUUGAUACAGAUUGCACGGCCUGAAAGAGGCUUCUGUGGCUACCUGGGAGUCUCGGUGUUUUCUUCAAAACUUCUCCAAGAGAGUCCAGGCUCUCUCGUCGUCUUCCUGUGCAACCAAUCUAUUAGAGACAUGAAAAGCCUUUGAAAACAGCUAGCUCUGCAUUUUCAUACUGGUGUGGAGUUUGUUAUGAAAUAUUUUUACUAUGACUCCUAUAACAACUAAAUAUGAACUGCCUGUUCUCUAAACCUCAAAGAGAAAAAAAAAAACUGGAGUUAAUGGGUACUAAGGUGCAAAAUAAAGGGGGGGGGAUAGUUUUCUGUCUGUCCUGUUCUCUGUUCUCUCCAGGUCCUGCUUUUGUUGCCUCCAGCCCUCCCUUCCCUUCCCCUUCUCUCCCCUCCUCUCCCCUUCUCUCCUCUCCCAAGGCACAGUCCCACCCCUGUCAUUUCAAUUUCUGUCUACUGUCAGUCACCUCCAGCGGUGGAGAGGUUCAGCUGGAGAUGUUUCUAAAACAGACUACUUUACUUUGAAGCAAACAUCUUUUUUUUAAAGAUUGCUUCACCGAUGAUGCUGUCAAAUAUAUCUGCUUUCGCAAGUUUAAAAGAAUUCAGAUUAACCUCCUUCGAGUAUGCUAAAAAAAAAAAAAAGAAAAAAAAAAUCUCAAGCAAACUUGGAGUGCCGUUCCAGGAUGCGUUGCAGGAGCAGGCAUGGCUCCAGGCUGUGCACUCCAUGAACUCUGGCUCUGAAGAGAUUUCUAGUAACUGUUCCAUCUGUACUUUCUGUGCCCACCUCGGUUUUGAGUUGCAUUUUUUUUUCUUUGUUAGACAAACCAGGGCUUUGUAUGCUUCAAGUUCACUGUUUUGCGGCCCCCUCCCCCCUUUGAAGAACUUUCUAUGCAGAAAAAGAUGGUCAGGGCUUUGGAUUUGCAGUGAUGCGUCUUCCGGUGGCAAUUUACAGGGAAGGAGGAGCACCAUGUCCACUGGAACGGGAGAACAAGCAAGCCUUCAGCAUCUACAAGAUUACUGUUUGCACUUUCUACCCAUGAGCAGAGGGAGACAGUGACAAAGGAACGGCAGAUUGCUCUCACUUGUGCGUGUUUAAUGUUGCAGCAAACUCACAAAGGAGGGGACAAGCGGUGUUUCAAAUGAAAAUUUUCUAAGCUGAUAGUGUGUGCACAGUAAAGUUCAGCAGAGCCCACUUGUUCUCCCAGAAGCUUAAUGUAAUUGAAUGGCAGUUAUCACUAAAUAAAAUUCUUUUCUGAGUCUCUCCCAA